AUGGCGGCGGCGGCGGCGAGCGGAGCUGGCGGGGCUGCCGGGGCCGGAGCGGGGGGAGCCGGGCCGGCCGGCCGCCUGCUGCCUCCGCCCGCCCCGGGACCCCCGGCCGCCCCCGCUGCUGUCCCCCCGGCGGCUGGCCCGCCGCGUCCCCCAGCCUCGGCCUCCCGCGGGCCGGUGCCUGCCCGCAUCGGCUACUACGAGAUAGACCGCACCAUCGGCAAGGGCAACUUCGCGGUGGUCAAGCGGGCCACGCACCUCGUCACUAAGGCCAAGGUUGCUAUCAAGAUCAUUGAUAAGACCCAGCUGGACGAAGAAAACUUGAAGAAGAUUUUCCGAGAAGUUCAAAUUAUGAAGAUGCUUUGCCACCCCCACAUUAUCAGGCUUUACCAGGUCAUGGAGACAGAGCGGAUGAUUUAUCUGGUGACAGAAUAUGCUAGUGGAGGGGAAAUAUUUGACCACCUGGUGGCCCAUGGCAGGAUGGCAGAAAAGGAGGCCCGUCGCAAGUUCAAACAGAUCGUGGCAGCCGUGUAUUUUUGUCACUGUCGGAACAUUGUUCAUCGUGACUUAAAAGCUGAAAAUUUGCUCCUGGACGCCAAUCUGAAUAUCAAGAUAGCAGAUUUUGGCUUCAGUAACCUCUUCACCCCUGGGCAGCUGCUGAAGACCUGGUGUGGCAGCCCGCCCUAUGCCGCGCCUGAACUCUUCGAAGGAAAGGAGUAUGACGGACCCAAGGUGGACAUCUGGAGCCUCGGAGUCGUCCUCUAUGUGCUUGUGUGUGGGGCCCUGCCGUUUGAUGGGAGCACACUGCAGAAUCUGCGGGCCCGGGUGUUGAGUGGAAAGUUUCGCAUCCCAUUUUUUAUGUCCACAGAAUGUGAGCACCUGAUCCGCCACAUGCUGGUGUUGGACCCCAACAAGCGCCUCUCCAUGGAGCAGAUCUGCAAGCACAAGUGGAUGAAGCUAGGGGAUGCGGACCCCAACUUCGAUAGGUUAAUAGCCGAAUGCCAGCAGCUGAAGGAAGAAAGGCAGAUGGACCCUCUGAAUGAGGAUGUCCUCUUAGCCAUGGAAGACAUGGGACUGGACAAAGAGCGGACACUGCAGUCGUUAAGAUCAGAUGCCUAUGAUCACUAUAGUGCAAUCUACAGCCUGCUGUGUGACCGGCAUAAGAGACAUAAAACCCUGCGUGUUGGAGUACCUCCUGGCAUGCCCCGAACCAUGGCCUUCCAGGCGCCAGUCAACCUCCAGGCGGAGCAAGCUGGUACCGCUAUGAACAUCAGCGUCCCCCAGGUGCAGCUCAUCAACCCAGAGAAUCAAAUCGUGGAGCCGGACGGGGCGGUGAACGUGGACAGUGAUGAGGGUGAAGAGCCUUCCCCUGAAGCGCUGGUCCGCUAUCUGUCCAUGAGGAGGCACACAGUGGGCGUGGCCGACCCCCGCACGGAGGUCAUGGAAGAUCUGCAGAAGCUGCUGCCUGGCUUUCCUGGAGUCAACCCGCAGGCUCCCUUCCUGCAGGUGGCCCCGAACAUGAACUUCAUGCACAACCUGUUGCCCAUGCAAAAUCUGCAGCCAACCGGGCAGCUGGAAUACAAGGAGCAGUCCCUGUUACAGCCACCCACCCUGCAGCUGCUGAACGGAAUGGGGCCCCUUGGCCGGAGGGCAUCAGAUGGAGGUGCCAACAUCCAGCUCCAUGCCCAGCAGCUGCUGAAGCGCCCACGGGGACCCUCCCCUCUUGUCACCAUGACACCAGCAGUGCCAGCAGUCACCCCUGUGGACGAGGAGAGCUCGGAUGGGGAGCCAGAUCAGGAAGCUGUGCAGAGGUACUUGGCAAAUAGGUCCAAAAGGCAUACACUGGCCAUGACCAGCCCUACAGCUGAGAUCCCGCCGGACCUACAGCGGCAGCUAGGACAGCAGCCUUUCCGUUCCCGGGUCUGGCCCCCUCACCUGGUACCUGAUCAGCAUCGCUCCACCUACAAGGACUCCAACACCCUGCACCUCCCUACGGAGCGUUUCUCCCCUGUGCGCCGGUUCUCAGAUGGGGCUGCAAGCAUCCAGGCCUUCAAAGCUCACCUGGAAAAAAUGGGCAACAACAGCAGCAUCAAACAGUUGCAGCAGGAGUGUGAGCAGCUGCAGAAGAUGUACGGGGGGCAGAUUGAUGAAAGAACCCUGGAGAAGACCCAGCAGCAGCAUAUGCUAUACCAGCAGGAGCAGCACCACCAAAUUCUCCAGCAGCAGAUUCAAGACUCUAUCUGUCCUCCUCAACCUUCUCCACCUCUUCAGGCUGCAUGUGAAAAUCAGCCCGCCCUCCUCACCCACCAGCUCCAGAGGUUAAGGAUUCAGCCUUCCAGCCCACCUCCCAACCACCCCAACAACCAUCUCUUCAGACAGCCCAGUAACAGCCCUCCCCCCAUGAGCAGCGCCAUGAUACAGUCUCACGGUGCUACAUCUUCCUCCCAGUUUCAAGGCUUCCCCUCCCGCAGUGCCAUCUUCCAGCAGCAGCCUGAGAACUGUUCCCCUCCUCCCAACGUGGCACUGACCUGCCUGGGCAUACAGCAGCCUCCCCAGUCACAGCAGGUGACCAUCCAAGUCCAGGAGCCUGUCGACAUGCUCAGCAGCAUGCCUGGGGCCGCUGCCACCUCUGCAGGCCGGGGCAUCUCCAUCAGCCCCAGCACCAGUCAGGUUCAGAUGCAGCUCCGGACCAGCAUGAUGGCCGCCCUCAGCUAUGGGCACCGGCCCUUGUCCAAGCAGCUGAGCGCCGACAGUGCGGAGGCCCACAGCUUGAACGUGAAUCGGUUCUCCCCUGCUAACUACGACCAGGCGCAUAUACACCCCCACCUGUUUUCGGACCAGUCCCGGGGUUCCCCCAGCAGCUACAACCCUUCACCAGGAGCGGGGUUACCUCCCACCCAAGCCCUGAAAGUCCCUCCGCUUGACCAGUUCCCCACCUUCCCUCCCAGUGCGCAUCAGCAGCCACCGCACUAUACCACAUCGGCACUGCAGCAGGCCCUGCUGUCCCCCACGCCGCCAGACUACACGCGACACCAGCAGGUGCCCCACAUCCUCCAGGGACUGCUCUCCCCCCGGCACUCACUCACCGGCCACUCGGACAUGCGGCUGCCCCCGGCGGAGUUUGCACAGCUCAUCAAAAGGCAGCAGCGGCAGCGGCAGCAGCAGCAGCAGCAGGAAUACCAAGAGCUGUUCCGGCACAUGAACCAGGGGGACGCCGGGAGUCUGGCUCCCGGCCUUGGGGGACAGAGCAUGGCGGAGCGCCAGGCUUUGCCGUAUCAGAACGCUGACUCUUACCACCACCACCACCACACCAGCCCCCAGCACCUUCUGCAGAUCAGGGCGCAAGAAUGUAUCUCGCAGGUCUCCUCCCCGACCCCGACCCACGGUUACGCUCCCCAGCCGGCGCUCGUGCACUCGGAGAGCAUGGAGGAGGAGUGCUCGUGCGAGGGGGCCAAGGACGGCUUCCCGGAUAGGAAGAGCGGGAACACAUUGACCAAAGGUUGCCAUGACAGCCCCCUGCUCUUGAGUACAGGCGGCCCCGGGGACCCUGAAUCUCUCCUGGGAACCGUGAAUCACGCACAGGAGUUGGGGAUCCAUCCAUACCGACAGCCGGCUGCUGCCUUCACUAGAAAUAAGGUGUCCAGCCGAGAGUCUGUCCUGGGGAACUGCAUGGAUAGAAGUUCUCCUGGACAAGCGAUGGAGCUGCCAGAUCACAAUGGACUUGGGUACCCCGCACACCCCUCAGUCAGUGAGCACCAGAGGCCCCGCACCCUCCAGAGACAUCACACCAUCCAGAACAGCGACGAUGCUUAUGUGCAGCUGGACAACUUGCCUGGCAUGAGUCUCGUGGCAGGGAAAGCACUUAGUUCUGCCCGGAUGUCAGAUGCAGUUCUCAGUCAGUCAUCGCUCAUGGGGAGCCAGCAGUUCCAGGACAGGGAGAACGAGGAAUGCGGGGAGAGUCUUGGAGGUCAGGAGCAUCCAGACCUGACAGAUGGCAGCCAGCAUUUAAACUCCUCUUGCUACCCAUCCACGUGCAUCACAGACAUACUGCUCAGCUACAAGCACCCCGAGGUCUCCUUCAGCAUGGAACAGGCAGGCGUGUAGCGAAAGAUUGAAAGUUUAUGUACAGUGCGGGAAUGAAAAGGUUGAUUUUAAACCAACAGUAUCUAGCAGCAUUGCGCCAAAUUGCCAUUGUUUUCCCUCCACCCAGAAUGUCGGCUCCUUUCCUCCCAUUUGGUUCAUCAGUGUGCUGUUCUUUUGGGAUCUGAGGGGGUUUUGCCAUGUUCGCCUGUAUGACCAAGUCACCAAGGAAAUAAACAGGAAAUCCAUGUUCGCCA